UUCUGUGUGGACUUGUGUUGCUGUUAGAUAGUUUCAGACGUGUUCACCAGCUGACUUCUUCUCUGGCUUCUCUGUUAGACGGACAGAAGGCUGAAACUCAAGAUGAGGGUUUGGAUCUUCUUCCUGAUCUGCCUCGCUGGCAAGACCCUGGCUGCUCCAGCUGAAGAGGAGCCAACUGUUGAAGAGGAGCUGGAAGUGGGAGCCAACCCAGUCCAGGUGGAGACAGGAGAAUUUGAUGAGGCCAUUGAAGUUGUGGAGGAUGUUAUUGCUGAGAACCCCUGCCUUAGUCAUCACUGCAAGAAAGGCAAGGUGUGCGAGGUCGAUGACAGCAACGAGCCAAUGUGUGUCUGCCAGGACCCUCUGACCUGCCCCGCCCCAAUGGGAGAGUUCGAACACGUUUGUGGCAAUGACAACAAGACAUACGAGUCCUCCUGCCAAUUCUUUGCCACCAAAUGCGCCCUGGAGGGCACCAAGAAGGGCCACAAACUGCACAUGGACUACAUCGGACCAUGCAAAUACAUUGCACCCUGCUUGGACAACGAGUUGAAUGAGUUUCCCCUGCGCAUGAGGGACUGGCUGAAGAACGUGCUGGUGACCCUGUUUGAGCGUGAUGAGGACAACAACCUCCUCACAGAGAAGCAGAAACUCAGAGUGAAGAAGAUCUAUGAGAAUGAGAAGAGACUGGAGGCUGGUGAGCACUCUCUGGAUCUUCUGGCUCUGGACUUUGUGAAGAACUACAACAUGUACAUCUUCCCAGUGCACUGGCAAUUUGGCCAGCUUGACCAGCACCCCGCUGACGGGUUCCUGUCUCACACUGAACUGGCCCCUCUCCGUGCUCCUCUCAUCCCAAUGGAGCACUGCACCACCAGCUUCUUUGAGCAGUGCGAUGCUGACCAAGACAAGUACAUCGCUCUUGAGGAAUGGGCCAACUGCUUUGGAAUUAAAGAGCAGGAUAUCGACAAGGACCUUGUCAUCUAAAGCAUGUCUAAUACUGACACUUCCUAGUUACUAUUGGGACGAGGUGCUAACCCUUAAAUUAAAAUCAAAGUAACGGUGCUAAUCGCGAUUUCUAACAACCUGCAUAUACCACUAAACAUUCAUAAUGUUUAAAAAAUGCACAAUUCAUCACACUGCCCAUUUUUAGUCUGAAGUUGGCCAAAUAGAUGUCGGAAAGGCUGAAUUAAAUAUAUGAUGAACUACGUAUGUUGACGGAUAUAUUUUUUGAAACUCAGAAUCAGGGCUUGAUUUUAAUGUAAGUUUGGAGUUCAGAUGGUGGAAAUGUACAAAAACAAAAAUAAAGUUUCCAAAUAAAUGUU